UUCUAACAUUGUGCCCAAAUCUGAACGUGCAGAUGGAGUGCUGUGGCUGGAGCGGCCGUGACGACUGGAGCGGUAACAUGGUGAUCUUCAACAGCUCCCAGAUGCUGUUUCCCUGCUCCUGCCAGAACAUCUCGCUCGCCACCGGAAACUUCUCCGACAGCGGCUUCUGUGAGGCUCAGACGCCCGACUGGCCCGUCUACGACGUGGGCUGCGCCGACAGCGUGGAGAGCUGGCUGCUCACCAACAUCGGGGUCGUGCUCGGGAUCUGCCUCGGAGUGGCUCUGAUCGAGGUACCUGCUCCCAAAAACACGAUGUCUCG